AUGACUGGGAGAUACGGCUUGCCAACGCAGUUCCGCAGCGUCUCCUCAUUAUGCACAAUCAGAGCUCCGAUAGCUCCCGCAUCUAGGCGAUUUUCUGCCGCAUGCCCACGGAACCAAACAGCAAAACCGAACGAGAAAGAUGAGGGCAAGGAUGCGAAAAGAGAAGAAAAAAAUGAUAGCGCUAUGUCACGCCGUCUCGCCCAGAUGACCGAAGAUGCAAUGCUAGAGGGCGGACGAUCAGCGCGUCGCAACAUCGAGCAUGCGGGCUUCUCAGAGGAGCUCAAGAAGCAGCUGGAAGAGCGAGUAGCCGCAGCGUCAUUCAAAAGUGAGAAUGCAGCGGCGCAUUCAUUAGUAGACAUGCCGGCUGCAGCAGGCCAAGGCACACGAGAAAAUGCGGCUGCUCCUGCGUGGACAGGAACGGAACGCUUCGAGGAUACUACACUGCGAAUGUUAGAUGAUGCGAGCAAACCGAUCCGAAUGCCCUAUAAAAUCCCACAGCCUGUCAACCUCCAACCAACCCCGAAACCCAAUAGAUCCCGUGGGCACCGACUUGCUGAAGCUAAAGAGCGAACCUCUACAUAUACAAUGAGCCGCGCUCCCGGGUUCUCAGAGGAAGAGCGCGAGGAUAUGCGCCGUGAAAUGAGAGAGAAUCUGAGUCCCGGCGCCUACAACAUGCCAGUAUCAAUAUCAGGUCUUUCGUCAUUGGCCAAUGAACGGAUCGAAGAUGCUAUUGCGCGAGGCCAGUUCGACAAAAUCCGUCGGGGGAAGGGUGUCAACACCAAGACGGAUCACAAUGCGAACAGCGCAUUCAUUGACACGACCGAAUACUUCAUGAAUAAAAUCAUCCAGAAGCAGGAAAUUGUGCCUCCCUGGAUCGAGAAACAGCAGCAACUCGCUCAAGAAGUCAGUCGGUUUCGUGGACGCCUCCGAGCCGACUGGAGAAGACAUGCCGCGAGACUAAUUGCCAGCCAAGGCGGGUCACUAGACGUGCAAAUGAAACGCGCAAAAGCGUAUGCAGCAGCCGAGUCUCGCUUGGCCGAAAAAGCCAAACUGGAGGCUGCUUUACACACCGACCAACCGGUCUCAGAGGCUGCAGAAUCGUCGCCUAGUGGUACGAGCGAGGACUCCGAGAGUCUAGCGCACCUCCCACCGUUGCGCGACCCAAGCUACCUGUCCAUCGAACGUUCCUACCACGAACUUGCAGUGAAACAAAUCAAUACGCUCGCGCGGUCGUAUAAUCUGAUGGCACCGCCAUCGGCUCACAAACCCUAUAUCAAUCUCGAGCGAGAACUCAAGGCCUGCUACGCGGAAGUGGCGCCUGAUUUAGCGGAGGAAAUCAAGCGUCGAGCGACGGAACGCGCUCGUCCACCUACAAUUGUCCCGCCCGUGUCUACCUCGUUUGGUUCUUUGAGCACAGCGCAGUCGGUACGGGUCCACGAAGAAGACCAAUCGAAGGGAUACGGCAUGAAACAAUUCUGGCGGGACCUGUUUUCUAAAUCUUGA